AUGACAGCCAUAUAUGAUUCCAAAAGGAGAACAAAACCUUGCUCCAACUGCAAGCAAAAUAAAGUCAAAUGUGAAUACUCUACUUCACUGCCAUGUUCUCGAUGUUUAAAAUUUAGACUACAAUGCUACUUUCCGGGCAGUUAUAAUACUACUGAUCACCUCGUUUCAAAUCCUUCCAAAGAUACUGCACAUGGUUCUGCUCCUGUAUCAAACUCUUUUGAUACCUGGACUGGAGAGGUAAUUAGUCGAAUUGCUUCUUUUGAAGGAUCUCUGGAAUCAGUGCUAAAAUUGGUACACAGUAACCAUCAGCAGCAACAACAGCAAUUAAAUUUACUGCAAUCACAGUUGAGCCAACAGCAACAACACAGUGUGCAUGAUAUAGACCCAUUCUUGGAUCCAGCUGCUCUUGAUUCUACUAAUCUAUUUCGACAAUAUACUGAUGUGAAGGAUUUUCGAACAGAACAGGUGCUUUCUCGGCAACAAGCUAAGGAAUUGAUGGACCUUUUUAUUGAGAAAUUCUCUGAGCAAUUGUAUGGAUAUCCGUUGAAAGAUAUGGCCUUUGAUGAUUUAUGGGAUCAUUCCCCGCUUUUACUUGUUUCUAUGUGCACGAUAGCGUGUAGGUUCCAUUCAGAAUUAUCACAUCUUGUGCCGCAACUGCGACAAAGUUUAGAGUGGUUCACAACAAAAGCUGCAACAAGCAGUUUUGGCUGUACUAAGGAUUCUCAUAAGGAGUAUAUUAUUUUAGGCCUGCUUUUGGCGGCUUUAUGGUUUCAUUCAAAUCAGUUGUACGUUGCAGUUGCAAUGCAGUUAUCUCGAAUAUGGGGCGUGGGCCAGCGAGUAAAUAGGGAAGGCGCUGUCAGAUUCCCCAAAAUAUUUUACCUACUUUAUAUUCUUGAUGGGAAGUUCAGUCUCAUCAAUAGUAGGAGUCCGUCCAUAUACAAGAACUUGGAGCCUGGCCUAUUAUCUUCGAGAAAGCAUACAAUCGAAUCUAUUGACGAUCCUGCAAUAAAGCAGAUCCUAUUGGAAUCUACCAUUGACGAUACCAAUAAACUAAGCCACAGGCAAACAGUACUACUAAACGAAGCUAAACAUGAUAAAAUUUUGGUGUCGAAUGAUGUAAUUAAAAACUGUCAAUUGCUCUCACAAGUGGAGUUCCAUUUCGCCGUGGAAUCUAUAUUUCAUAAUACUAAUUUUUUCAAUGGUGAGUUCAGCUCUACAAACUCUAUGGCAUUAAUACCUCCUAAUAGAUUUGGUAUACCCUGGGAAACUAACAUGGAUAUUGACAGGUGGAUGAUAUCCUGGACUAUUGCGCUUCAAAAAAUACACAUACAACAAAACCCAUGGUGUCUAAAAUCUACCCUACUAUAUUACAAUUACGCAAGAAUGUAUUUCAGCACAAAGCCGUGGAUAGUCAGCAUACAAAGGGAUUCACUAAACGGGUUUCCAGGUGACCCUAAGCUUCUUGGUGUUUGGGAUGCUAAAGAACGCGACUCCAAUCUGGGUAACAACCCAAAAGCCGUGGAUCAGGAAAUAGCAUACUCUGCAGCAAAAGCUCUUCUUAAGUUGGUCACCAAGGAUAAAGAUGUGGUAGCCAUUUUUCAAUUUUUGCCUGUGCAUGUUUACCUAAUGGUAUACUUUGCGUGUUUGGUAUUAUUAAGUCCGGACUACAUACCAAGAAGUGCCAUCCGCGACAGAAAAGAAAUGGACAUGGGAGUUUUGUAUUCCCUAGUUUCAAACUUUAAAAACAUGCUUGCAAACCAAGUCAUAUCCGAUCUAGACCUGCAAAAUCAUUUAAACACAAAUUUAACAGCUGCAUUAGCACAGUUUCGAAAGGAAUAUGCUAAAUUUUUAUCAAGCGACAAGCAAUUAAAAGAAUUAGUUGACGCUGCCGAGGAAAAUAUGCAAUUGAAUCUCGAACAAAAUGUGAAACCUAAGUCAAUUUUAGCAUGGCCGGGAACUAAUCAUGGACAUCCUUAG